UGAAUCACCAAAAGGUAAACAAACGCACAAUAUUCUCGUGAUGCUUUCGCAAGAAGACAUUAAUUUUAUUGAAAAUUCCCUCUCUUAUGAAGAUAAGGUCUCACUGAUAUUUCUUCUCUACGGGCACCGAAAUCCAAAGUAUGCGCUUCAAAUACUCGCCGUGGCCGGUCAAGCUCCGGCUUCGGAAGAAACAAACUUCCUGGUGGAUUGGAUGAAUUAUGUAAAGCAGUCAAGUGAUUGGGAGGAUGAACUGCUGGAAGCGUUAACUAUUACGGAGCAGAACCUUUUACUGCUUCGUGCCGGUUUCGAUGAUGAGGAGCUACGGUUGAAAUACUUCCCGCGAACAUCGGAAAUCUCUUUUCUCGUCCAUCCGAUGCUGAAGGGGUUGUAUAACUUCUGUGAACGGUUAGACGACGCGAAUGCGUCUAAGCUGAUAGUCCAACUACAGGAAACCACGGGUGUUUCUUCACUACAGAAUCAAAACAUGGAAACGGUUCUGCUGCAUCUUCUGUGCAACGGAAAAAUUCAGCUGGGCUCAAAGCAAUCCGGACAAGAAAGUAACCUUUUGGUGCUUACUGCUGCAUGCAAAGCGAUCGAACUGUACGACGAAAGCGAUUUUCUAAAGAGUAUCGUUUCACACUUUAAUCGGCACACUUCCAAACGUGAUCAGGAACAAUCUGACGCAAGCACCAAGAACAUUCCAGAGACGACGGAUGUGGCCAGUAAACACAAUCCCACAGGUACUAUAGUAGCGACAGUGGAAACGAAUCAUUCCCCACUCAUAGAAUCUUACACAUUCUCUGCGGAACGUGCGGGUAUCGUUUUGCUGAUAAAUCAAUUUUCCUUUUAUCGUGAAACGAACCCGGAAUUGGUUGAACUCGUCCCUGCCCGUCCAUUGAAGGAUCGCAAAGGCACUGAGGUGGACAAGAAUGCGCUGGAGAGCCUGUUUACCGAGUUCGGGUACGAUCUUAUACUGGAGGAAAACAUCACACAUCACCAGAUACUGCAGGCGGUCCAGCACGCAGUUCAACGUAUCAAACCGAUCCACUGCUCGCUGAUAGUGUGCCUGCUUUCCCACGGCCAGGAAGGAAAGGUGUUCGGAUCCAACAGUAUUCCGGUAGAAGUCAAAGCAAUACAGCAGCUAAUGGCCAAUGAACGUCUUACCGGAAAACCGAAGCUAUUGAUCGUGCAGGCUUGUCAGGGAGCGGAUCUGCAGUCAGCUGUUCCGAUACCGAACCACGAACACGAUGGACCGGACGGAGGUGAGAGAACGGCUUCGGUGUUUAUGGAUUUUCUUGUCGCUUGGUCCACCGUGCCGGGAUUCGCAUCGAUACGCCACAUUGAAAAGGGUUCAUGGUUUAUUCAGGAACUGUGCACAAAACUGCGCCAACUGUACGGAAGUGAACAUAUCAUGGAUAUACUAACGGCUGUGAUAAACGAUGUAGCUAGCAAACGAGGAUAUGGAAACGAAUGCAUGGUGCCAAUUGUGCAAAGCACGCUAAGUAAAAAGCUUUACUUCCACCGACGCACUGAAGCUCAAGGAGCAAACGUAUAACAGAAAGUGUCUUUAGUAAAUUCUACAAAAGUUCUUUUAACAUUCCUGUUUAAAAACCAGGUAAAGGCAAUUGCAACAGAAACCGCUCAAUAUUAAUCCUAAAUAAAUCUUUUAAAUACAAUAAAACACUCAAAAACCCUCAAUAUUCUGCUAAAAUGUGCAGCAAUCACA